GAAGUGACCACAGCGCUUGAUAAAUUCAAACACUAUCAUGAGAUAUGGCAGAAAGAACGAGAUGAAACUCUUGAAGAAUUCAUGAGGGAAGAUCCAAAAUUGGGUGACUUUAAUGCGAUGAUUCUCUACUAUCGAUCAUUGGAAAAUCAGAUACUGGAGGAACCUGAAUUCUAUAAUGUUGGUGCCAUUGCUCUUUUUACUGAGAAAUUGAAGCUGGCUUUGAAAACUGAAACUCGUGCCUGGCAGACACACUUUGGUAGAUAUUGUAAUAAUAAAUACCGUACAAUGAUGGAAGAAAUCUUUAAUUUCAUUGAUGAAGAAGGUAAAAGACUGAGUCGUAAAAUUGUUGACUUGGAUGACAUUAGAAUAGCUAUGAAAGCACUGAAAAAUAUCCGUGAGAAUGAGAUUCGUAUUGAUAUGGAUAUUGGACCAAUUGAGGAAUCCUAUGCGAUGCUGAAUAGAUAUGAACUGUUGGUUGCUAAAGAGGAAUCAGAACGUGUGGAUACAUUACGGUAUUCAUGGGAAAAACUGGUUGCACAAGCUUCAGAAAUGUCAGGAUACUUGGUGAAAAUUCAACCGAAUUUCCGUGGAGACCUUGUUGAGAAUGUUAAGCAUUUUAUUGUUGAUUGUAGUAAUUUCUAUGAUAGCUAUGAAACGUCUGGUCCAAUGGUAGCUGGAGUACCACCCAAAGAAGCAAGUGAUAGACUCAUCAUCUACCAGAAUCAGUUUGAUACAUUGUAUCGUAAGUAUGUGACAUAUACUGGUGGUGAAGAGUUGUUUGGUUUACCUGUCAGCUCAUAUCCAGAGCUACUGCAGAUCAAGAAAGAGUUAGCUUUGCUACAGAAACUCUACAGUCUGUACAAUGAUGUCAUAGAUAGAGUUAAUGGCUACUAUGAUAUACUUUGGGCUGAUGUGGAUAUUGAGAAAAUAAACACCGAACUAACUGAAUUCCAAAAUAGAUGUCGUAAGUUACCAAGAGCUCUCAAAGAAUGGCCUGCUUUUAAUGAUCUGAAACAAACCAUUGAUGACUUUAACGAGACAUGCCCCUUACUGGAGCUGAUGACUAACAAGGCCAUGAAACCACGGCACUGGAAUCGAAUGCAGGAGGUAACAGGCCAUGUAUUUGAUGUAGAAAGAGAAGAUUUCACGCUCAAAGAAAUCAUGAAGGCUCCUCUGUUGCAAUUCAAGGAAGACAUUGAGGACAUAUGUAUCUCAGCUGUGAAAGAGAAGGAUAUUGAAGCAAAAUUAAAACAAGUUAUUGGUGACUGGAAUAUGCAAUUGCUUACUUUUGCUAACUUUAAGAAUCGUGGUGAAUUGCUUCUUAGAGGAGACAAUACUACUGAGAUUAUCAGCCUUAUGGAAGACAGUUUGAUGAUACUUGGUUCAUUGCUUAGCAACCGGUACAAUGUUCCAUUUAAGAAAACAAUUCAACUGUGGGUUGCUAACCUAUCUAACACCACAGACAUCAUUGAAAACUGGAUGCAAGUACAAAAUCUAUGGGUUUACCUGGAAGCUGUAUUUGUAGGUGGUGAUAUCGCAAAACAACUACCUAAAGAAGCUAAGAGAUUCUCACAAAUUGACAAGUCAUGGGUGAAGAUUAUGACUCGUGCCCACGAGAAUGCCAAUGUCGUCCAGUGUUGUGUUGGUGAUGAGACAAUGGGUCAGCUACUACCACAUCUCUUAGAACAGUUAGAACUAUGUCAGAAGUCAUUGACUGGGUACCUUGAGAAGAAACGUUUACUAUUCCCAAGAUUCUUCUUCGUUUCUGAUCCAGCAUUGUUGGAGAUUUUAGGUCAAGCCAGUGAUUCCCACACCAUUCAGGCUCAUUUACUAAGUGUUUUUGAUAAUAUCAAGACAGUAAAGUUUCAUGAUAAAGAUUAUGACAAAAUGCUUGCCAUCUGCUCAUCUGAAGGAGAAACCAUUGAGUUGGAGAAACCAGUCCGUGCUGAGGGCAAUGUCGAGAUAUGGUUGAUGAGUUUAUUGAAAAUGGCACAACAUUCAUUGCACACUGUUAUCCGUACUGCAGCCAUGGCUGUACAGGAUCCUAGCUUUAAUCUUAUUGAGUUUUUGAACACUUACCCAUCACAAGUUGGGUUGCUAGGAAUUCAAAUGGUCUGGACCAGGGAUGCACAGGAAGCAUUGACUAAUGCUAAAUAUGAUCGUAAAGUUAUGUCUCAAACCAACCAAGCAUUUUUGGAGUUGUUAAACACGCUUAUUGACAUGACAACCAAAGAAUUGACUAAAGUUGAAAGAACCAAAUAUGAGACGUUGAUCACCAUUCAUGUACAUCAAAAGGACAUAUUUGAUGACCUGUGUCGCAUGCAUAUCAGAACACCAACUGACUUUGAGUGGUUGAAACAAAGUCGGUUUUAUUUCAAUGAAGACAAUGACAAAAUGAUUGUAUCCAUUACGGAUGUUGAUUUCAUUUACCAGAAUGAGUUCUUGGGAUGUACUGAACGUCUUGUAAUCACACCACUUACUGACAGAUGCUAUAUCACCUUAGCACAAGCCCUUGGGAUGAGUUUGGGAGGUGCUCCAGCUGGCCCUGCUGGUACUGGGAAAACUGAAACUACUAAAGAUAUGGGAAGAGCAUUGGGCAAAUAUGUAGUGGUUUUCAAUUGUUCUGAUCAGAUGGAUUACCGUGGUCUUGGUCGUAUAUUUAAAGGUUUGGCUCAAUCUGGUAGUUGGGGUUGUUUUGAUGAGUUUAAUCGUAUCGAUUUACCAGUAUUAUCAGUAGCAGCACAGCAGAUUGCAAUUGUGCUGGGUGCUAAAAAAGAAAGAAAGAAGAACUUUAUCUUCACUGAUGGUGACAAUGUAGAUUUGAAUCCUGAAUUUGGUAUCUUCCUAACAAUGAAUCCUGGAUAUGCUGGGCGCCAAGAACUCCCAGAAAAUCUGAAAAUCAAUUUCAGAACUGUGGCAAUGAUGGUGCCAGACAGACAGAUUAUUAUUCGUGUCAAACUGGCUAGCUGUGGUUUCAUGGAAAAUAUCAUCUUGGCUAGGAAGUUCUACACUCUGUACAAGCUAUGUGAAGAACAGCUGACAAAACAGGUGCACUAUGAUUUUGGUCUACGUAACAUCUUGUCUGUACUAAGAACCCUGGGUGCAGCCAAGAGGAUUUCACCCACAGACAGUGAAAGUACUAUUGUAAUGAGAGUAUUGAGGGACAUGAAUUUAUCAAAACUGGUGGAUGAAGAUGAACCAUUGUUUUUGUCUUUGAUUGGUGACCUGUUCCCUGGUAUCACGUUAGAUAAAGCUGGUUAUCCGGAACUAGAGAGUGCUAUUCGUGCAAGAGUUGAAGAAGCAGGACUUGUCAAUCAUCCAACAUGGAUACUUAAAAUCAUACAGUUGUUUGAGACACAGCGUGUACGUCAUGGUAUGAUGACAUUGGGACCUAGUGGUGCAGGCAAGACAUGCUGUAUCCAUACAUUGAUGAAAGCAUUGGGUGAUUGUGGUGAACCACACAAGGAAAUGAAAAUGAACCCCAAGGCAAUCACUGCACCUCAGAUGUUUGGUAGAUUAGAUGUUGCUACUAAUGAUUGGACAGAUGGUAUUUUCUCAACACUCUGGAGAAAAACAUUACGGGCUAAGAAAGGAGACCAUACGUGGUUGGUAUUAGAUGGGCCAGUAGAUGCUAUCUGGAUUGAAAAUUUAAACAGUGUAUUGGAUGAUAAUAAAACCCUUACAUUGGCUAAUGGUGAUCGUAUUCCAAUGGCACCACUUUGUAAGAUUAUAUUUGAAGUACAUAACAUUGAUAAUGCUUCGCCGGCUACUGUAUCUCGUAAUGGAAUGGUCUAUAUGAGUUCAUCUGCAUUGAAUUGGAAGCCCAUUCUAGAGGGUUGGUUAAACAAGCGCAGUCCACAAGAAAAUGCUGUGCUACAGGGUUUGUUUGAAUCAAGCUAUUCUGAAAUAUUGAGAUAUGUUACUCAGAACCUUGAAUUCAAGAUGGAUGUACUAGAAGCAUUUAUUAUACAACAGGCCAUUACACUGAUGACAGGAUUGCUUGAUAAAGAUUCUGGACACAUCACGACUGAGUUCCUCAAUAAAUUAUACUCAUUCGUAGUCAUGUGGAGUGUGGGUGCAUACCUUGAAUUAGAAGACAGAAUCAAGUUGGAAGGAUUUUUGAGGAAUCACGAUGAAAUCAGUUUGGAUUUACCCAAUAUUGAUAGUCAGUCUGAUGAAUGCAUGUUUGAUUAUUAUGUUUCUACAGAAGGAAAGUGGCAACAUUGGAAUACAAAAGUUGAUGAGUAUAUCUAUCCAAAAGACUCUACCCCAGAGUAUGGCUCUAUAUUGGUGCCAAAUGUUGAUAAUGUUAGAACUGACUUCUUGAUCCACACUGUAGCCAAGCAAACAAAAGCUGUGUUAUUGAUUGGUGAACAAGGUACUGCAAAGACAGUCAUGAUUAAAGGAUAUGUCAAUAAAUACAACCAAGAGGAACAUGUUUCCAAGAGUUUAAACUUUUCAUCAGCUACCACACCAAUGAUGUUCCAGCGUACCAUUGAGAGUUAUGUUGACAAACGUAUGGGUAACACAUAUGGUCCACCAGCAGGUAAAAAGAUGACUGUCUUUGUUGAUGAUAUAAACAUGCCUAUCAUUAAUGAAUGGGGAGAUCAGGUGACUAAUGAAAUUACUCGCCAGAUGAUGGAACUUGGUGGAUUCUAUAAUUUGGAUAAACCUGGUGAUUUCACUAUAAUAGCUGACAUUCAAAUGAUGGCAGCUAUGAUUCAACCUGGUGGUGGUCGUAAUGAUAUCCCUCAACGUCUCAAGAGACAGUUUUGCAUCUUUAAUUGUUCGUUACCAUCAAAUCCAUCAAUUGACAAAAUUUUUGGUGUGAUUGGUAAUGGUCAUUAUUGUGCUGAACGAGGUUUCCCUGAAGAAGUGAGAGAAAUUGUUGAAAAAUUAGUACAUAUCACCAGAAGACUGUGGCAGUUAACAAAAAUAAAAAUGUUACCAACUCCUGCCAAAUUUCACUACGUCUUCAAUCUACGAGAUUUGUCUCGAAUCUGGCAAGGAAUGAUCAAUACGAUAUCAGAAGUGGUUAACGACCAGAAAACAUUGAUGGGAUUGUGGAAACAUGAAUGUACACGUGUGAUUGCUGAUAGAUUUGUAAAUAAGCCUGAUUGUGAUUGGUUUGCCAAGACCAUGUUGAGAGUAGCUGGAGAAGAGUUAGGAGAACAGAUUCAAUCUUACGUAGAAGAAGAGAUGUUUUUUGUUGAUUUUCUCAGAGAUGCACCAGAAGCAACUGGGGAUGAGCCUGAAGACAUGGAGUUUGAUACACCACACAUAUAUGAACCAAUCCCCUCAUUGCAUGCUUUGGAAGAGAGACUGAUAUCAUUUAUGCAGCUGUAUAAUGAGACUAUUCGUGGAGCUAAUAUGGAUCUAGUGUUUUUCAAAGAUGCCAUGACUCAUUUAGUUAAGGUUUCCAGAAUAGUGAGAACACCGCGUGGUAACGCACUGUUGGUUGGUGUCGGUGGAUCUGGAAAACAGAGCUUAACCAGAUUGGCGUCAUUCAUUGCGGGGUACAAGACAUUUCAAAUCACACUUACCAGGUCAUAUAAUGCAUCAAAUUUGAUGGAUGACUUGAAAGUUUUAUAUAAGAUAGCUGGUCAACAGGGACAAGGUGUCACUUUCAUUUUCACUGACAAUGACAUCAAGGAAGAGUCAUUCUUGGAAUAUCUUAACAAUGUAUUGUCAUCUGGUGAGUUAUCUAACUUGUUUGCCCGUGAUGAAAUGGACGAGAUAAUGCAAGAAUUGAUUCCAGUCAUGAAGAAAGAGUAUCCCAGAAGACCACCAACCAAUGAAAAUUUGUAUGACUAUUUUCUGACACGAGCCAAACAGAAUCUUCAUGUUGUGCUAGGAUUCUCACCUGUUGGUGAGAAAUUCCGUAACCGUGCAUUGAAAUUCCCAGGUCUAAUCUCUGGAUGUACCAUGGACUGGUUUAGUCGAUGGCCAAAAGAUGCAUUGAUUGCUGUAGCAGAUCACUUUCUAUCUGCAUAUGACAUUGUGUGUAGUGGUGAUGUGAAAAAACAAUUAGUGCAAGCUAUGGGUAGCAUUCAUGAUGGUGUAGCUGAGACUUGUACUGAAUACUUUGAGAGAUUCCGUCGUGCUACCCAUGUCACACCAAAGUCCUAUUUGUCCUUCAUCAGUGGGUAUAAACAAAUCUACACAGAUAAACACAAUGAGAUUGGUGAAUUAGCUGAUAGAAUGAAUACUGGUUUGGAUAAGUUAGUAGAAGCAUCAGAAUCUGUUGCUGAGUUGAGCAAAGAACUCGCUGUCAAAGAAAAGGAUCUUGAAGUAGCAUCACAAAAGGCAGAGAAAGUGUUAGCUGAAGUGACUGUAAAAGCCCAGGCUGCAGAGAAAGUCAAGGCACAAGUACAGAAGGUCAAGGACAAAGCACAGGCAAUAGUUGAUGAUAUUGCAGUGGACAAAAAGAUUGCUAUGGAGAAGUUGCUUGUUGCCAAACCUGCAUUGGAAGAAGCAGAAGCCGCUCUGAAUACUAUAAAACCAACACAUAUUGCUACUGUGAGAAAACUUGGUAAACCACCUCACUUAAUUAUGCGAAUCAUGGACUGUGUAUUGAUUUUAUUUCAAAAAAGACUUGAGACUGUGGUACAGGACCCAGAAAGGCCUUGUAUGAAACCAUCAUGGGGCGAUGCACUCAAGUUCAUGGGUGGUUCUGGGUUUUUAACUGGCCUGCUCAACUUCCCAAAAGACAGCAUUAAUGCAGAAACUGUAGAACUGAUGGCACCAUACUUAGAAAUGGAAGACUAUACACUUGAAACAGCUAAAAAGGUUUGUGGUGAUGUAGCUGGAUUGUGUUCAUGGACGAGAUCUAUGGCUGUAUUUUACGGUAUUAACAGAGAAGUGUUACCACUUAAAGCCAACCUGGCUGUCCAAGAAGCUCGUUUACAGAUUGCUAAUGCUGACUUGAAUGAAGCUCAGGCAAAGUUGGAUGAGAAGCAGAAAGAGUUGGAUAUUGUACAAGCACAGUAUGAUGCUGCAAUGAAAGAGAAACAAACCCUGCUUGAUGAUGCAGCUACGUGCAGGCGUAAGAUGGAAGCUGCUUCGGCUCUUAUCAACGGUUUGGGAGGAGAAAAAGAAAGAUGGACUGAACAAAGUAAAGAAUUCAAAGCUCAGAUCGGGAGGUUAGUUGGUGAUGUUUUAAUGGGAACUGGAUUCUUGUCUUAUUCUGGUCCAUUCAAUCAAGAAUUUCGAACAAAACUGGUGAAAAACUGGCAGAAGGAACUGAAAACAAGACGUAUACCAUAUACUGGUGAUCUCAAUCUGAUUGAAAUGCUGGUUGACAACACAACAGUAAGUGAAUGGAAUCUACAAGGGUUACCAAAUGAUGAGUUAUCAAUACAGAAUGGUAUUAUUGUGACUAAGUCGUCUAGAUUUCCACUGCUUAUAGAUCCACAGAUACAGGGUAAAACAUGGAUUAAGAACAAAGAAGCAAAGAAUGAAUUACAGAUUACCAACUUAAACCACAAGUACUUCAGAAAUCACUUAGAAGACAGUUUAUCACUUGGUCGACCAUUAAUUCUUGAAGACAUUGAAGAAGAACUAGAUCCAGCACUCGAUAACGUCUUGGAAAAGAACUACAUUAAAACAGGCAGAACACUAAAG